AUUUGAUGGUUUGGUAGAUAGAAACAACUGAGUAAUUAACAAAAAAAGCAUUUUGCUUUGCUUGCUUCAACACUUCAACCACCUAACCACUCCUUUGACAGAAGCAGAACCACUCAGUAUCAAUGGGUAGAGCCGCUCCGAUAAUAACGGCGGUGGUCUUCUUAGCCGUCGGAGUUAUAUUCUCACCGGAGACAUUCGGAUCAAAAUCAACCGCUAUCUCAACCUACCUCAAACUAGCUCACCUCCUCGGUUUCUCCAUCGCUUUCGGCGCGGCUCUAUGGGUAACAUUUAUCGGUGGGAUCAUUAUGUUUAAGAAUUUGCCUAGGCAUCAGUUUGGUAAUUUGCAGAGCAAGAUGUUUCCGGCUUAUUUUUCAAUGGUUGGUGUUUGUAUCGCCGUUGCAGUGGCUUCCUUUGGUUACCUUCACCCGUGGAAAACUUCAUCCACAACUGAAAAAUACCAACUUGGCUUCUUGCUUUCUUCCCUUGCUUUCAAUCUUGCUAAUUUAUUCGUCUUUACGCCGAUGACCAUUGAGUUGAUGAAACAAAGGCAUAAAGUGGAGAGAGAGAAUAGCAUCGGAGAGGAAGUUGGGUGGUCAAAAAAUGUUGAAGUUGCAAAGAAAAACCCAAAGCUUGCAGCGAUGAACAAGAAGUUUGGUAUGAUUCAUGGAUUAUCUUCCCUUGCCAAUAUCAUGUCAUUUGGAAGUCUUGCGAUACACUCUUGGUAUUUGGCAGGUAAAAUUGAUCUCUGAUUCAGUUUUUGCCUCCCAUUUUAUAGAGAUGGUUGAGCACCUUGUAUUCCCUUUGUCUACAAAUUACUUAGUUCUUGCCAUGUAGAAGAAGUAUAGAAUGUAUGUGCAAUUUGUGAAAUGUACUAGCAAAGCAUUACACGGUGUUGGUUUACCGAGAGUAUCUUGUGUCUUGCCGUGCAAACAUAAUGUAAUCACCUUAAUUGACAUGAAUAAAAUAAGAAGUCUCUGUACCUUUCUGUAGUCAGAGGUAACAAACAUUAUGGUAUAAA